AUGACAAGAAGAGACGACAAAAAGAAAAAGAUUACUGACAGACCUAUAACACGCUCUCAAAGUAAAUUAACCGAAUUAACUACCAACAUGAUGCGAACACCCCCAGCCCAACAAACCAACCAAGGCCCACCAUUACACGAGAAUGAACAGGAAAAUGCAUCAUCUUCGGUACCACUAAACGAUGCAUCCGAAGCAAUACAAAGUGCUUCCAACACGGUGCACACUAUCCCCACCGAAACGUUACAAGACACUCUUAGCUCGAUUCCACAUAUCUCUAAAAAUGGAACAACACCUAAAUUAACAUUUCAAACACGCCGCGGUAGACCCUCAAAAUCAAAGAAAACUCCAACUAAUCUCAUUCAAAUAAAAGAAAUUUGCCAACAAUUAAAAUCUCUCAACGCAAAUCAAAUUGAUCAAAAUAACCAAUUUAAAUUGCAAAUGCAACAAACGUUUGAACAACACUUGUUAGAAUCAAGGCAACAAAUACAAACAUUAUACAAAGAAAACCGCAGCGAAUUUAAAUCUAUGAGAACAGAAACUUUCCAAUUAAUUACAAAAUUUCGCGAAGAAACAAAUACCGCGAUAAAUGACCUUACACAUAAAUUUUCAGAAUUGCAAUCUAAACAAAUGCAAUCACCCUGGCAUGAUUCGCGAUGGGAAUCCAUCGAUAGGUCGUAUCUUACUUCCGGAGGAAGCUACCCGCAACCUACGUCACUACCUCCCACGUUACCCACAACCACGGUAACAACAACAUGCGCGACAACAAGCGCAACGUCAAGUGCGAGACCAGCUGUGACAACCAACCCCUCCUUACUUACCUUCGAUACCCCUUCUCUUGGAACAUCCUUCCCCACUCGCACACUACAAUUCAAUAAUCAGCCAGAUUAUUUUGGACAAACAUCCACGUUGUUUCCACCCCCGGCCACGAGACCCUCGCGGCCACCAAUGGUUAACCCCAUUGCCCCACCCCAACCAGCACCUAGAAAUACAGUGCCCAAUUUACAUAAAAUAAUUAAAUCAUGGGAACUAAAAUAUCCUGGGAAACUAGAUGCUGAUGCAUUCUUAGACGAAUUCGAACGGAAACUAGCCGCAUCCGCGAUCAAUCCCGAUGACGCGCUAACUACGUUACCGCAAGCUUUCUCAGAAACCGCGUACACUUGGUUCGCGACAUUCCGAACAACCUGGCAAACCUGGGCUGAAUUCUCAGCCAAAUUCAGAAAAACGUUCGGCGAUGCAAACGACGACCAACAAAUUAAUAAUAAAAUCCAACGCGCGAUCCAACAAGAAAACGAAACCGGAAUAGAAUUCGUCAUUAGAAUAAGUGCUCUGUACAAUAAAUUACAAGAAAAAGUACUAGAGAAAAAUCAAUUAGAUAAAAUUUAUUCGGCCCUCCACUCGGAAUUAAUUUUACAAUUCGACCGCGAGAGCUUCUCUUCAUAUGAUCAAUUAAUUGAAAAAAUUCGAAAAUAUGAAGAGAAAAUUGCAACUAUGCAAUUAUCGAAUAAAUUACGAGAAAUCGAGUCAAAGAAAUCGCACAAGUCACGCGGGAAAAACCAGUUGAACGCGAUUGAAACUCAAACGCCACCAACCGAUAAAGAACCGCAGACUACCGCAAAACCGGAAAUAAAAUUGGGAACUGAAACCAAACAAACUAAAAAUAAUAAAAAGCAAAAUAACAAACCGGAAAAUAACUCGAAUAAACUCGAUAUCUAUAAACAACAAAUAAAUAGUCUCGAACAAAAAUUAAAACUCGAGAAUUCAAACACCAAGCAAAAAGCAGAUAAAAACAAAGCCACUGCGGCCCCUGUUCGGGCCACACCUUCGCGCCGUCGAUCUUCUUCUGAUUCUUCUUCUUCCUCCAGCUCUGCUUCGUCGCGAAAGAGGGGAGAGAAACGUAGAUCGUCUACCCGCAAAGAAAAAGACCGCGGUGACACGAAACGGAGUGACGAUAGUCAACCAAGCAGCCACCGGGGCGGAAAACAAAAUGGUAACCGCGGCCGUGGAAACAACUGGCGUGGUUUCGGACGCGGAUAUAAUAACAACUACAAUUAUUAUCCGAACAUACCGCAAUUUCCGCCUAACUUCUACCCAGCUCCGCAACCGCCUCCGCAUCCAGGCUUACAACAGUGGUAUGUCAAAAAACGACCAAGAUGCCAGGAGAGAGUAACUCUUCCUGGCAAAUCAACAAAUUCGAAUAACGAGAAUUCCGUAAACCGCGUUAUAACCGCUUCACCAGAAAUCCCAAGCCGCAGUAAUACGCCCAUAGACUCAACGUGUACUUCUCAAACUGUACCAAUGCUUAAUAAAGCAAGCACCAGUAGAGACUACACUAGUGACUCUGAAAGCGAUUACGACGACGCAGCUUACUCGGAUUCUGAAACAGAGUACCCUGACUCUAGCGAAGAGCUUUCCUCCACCGAUCGGACGCGAUCAGUAGGACCAAGCAUAUCUUCACUAACGUCAUUACCUUUAAUAAAACCAGCCAUAGGCAUAUUAGCCGCGGCUGAAAAAUUGAAGCGACUAGUACGAAAAGGACCAGCCUCGUCCUCUCCAUCUCACUUACGUAAUACAAUUACGACAUUAAUAAAAAUUGGCGGUAAACAAUUUAUGGCUCUCCUCGACACGGGAAGUGAUCGUACUUUCAUGUCCGGAGAAAUUUAUGACAAACUGGAAGAAUUUGCGCGCGUUAAACCAAUACUAGAUGAGGUAACCCGCACAGGCGUACAACUCGCUCAGCGCGACCACAUAGCCACCCCUCGUUAUUCCGUAAAAUUUGAAACGCAAAUAAAUGAUUGCACAGGAGAACUUUGGUUUACAGUUCUCGAUGGGCUUACGACCCCCAUUAUCCUCGGAAUGGACUUCAUAACCGCGUGGAAGGUCACUAUAGAUGCAUCCCGCGGCGAUUGGUCCAUAGAAGGAUCAAAUGUACAAUCCCCCUUAGGCUCGACCGUAAGUAAGCUUAGUCACUUAAACUCAAUUCAGUUAAUUGAGUUGACGGCUGAACAGCGGAAAACUUUAGAUGAAUUUAUAGAAAGAAAAUUGGCUAGCUUCUCCUCUUACACAGGAGUUACAAAUUUAACCAAACAUGUUAUCGAAUUAAUCGAUUCAACACCGUUUAAGUUAAAACCGUACCGCCGCAGUGCGGAAGCUACCAAAAUAAUUAACGAGCAAAUCGAUAAGUAUUUAGAAAAGAAAUUUAUAGUAAAAAGCCAAGGCCGUUAUUGUAGCCCAGUCGUGUUAACUUAUCGAAAAGACGGUAGACCCAGAGUAUGUAUGGAUUACCGAAAAUUAAACAAAAAUACCAAAAAAUCGGCAUAUCCAUUACCGCGGAUGGAUACAAUUCUAGACGCGCUCUCCGAGGCAAAUGUUAUCAGUACCAUCGACCUCACGGAUGCAUUCCACCACAUUCCAAUAGAUCCAAAUUCACGGGAAUAUACUGCCUUUGUAGUACCCGGACGCGGCCAAUUCGAAUGGGUACGGAUGCCCUUUGGUCUCACUAACGCACCAGCAACUUUUCAGGCCUUAACCGAUCGUCUCAAAGAAAAGUUCGUUAAAUACGUGCGCGAUAAUAAUCUACCGGAAAGAUUUACUGAUCAAGUUCAUGCGUAUCUUGAUGAUUGGAUAAUCAUCUCGCGAACUUUUGAAGAACACAUUAUGCUACUAGAUAUUAUAUUUACAAUAUUACAGGAAGCAGGACUUUCUAUUAAUAGAGAAAAAUCUCAUUUCGCUAAGUCUACAGUAGAGUACUUAGGAUUUCUCUUAGAUAAGGAUGGCCUAAAACCAAACCCUAAACGAAUCGAACCGAUUCUUGAACGGUCAACUCCGCGGAAUCGGAAAGAAUUAAGACAAUUCAACGGUUCGGUCAAUUGGUACCACCGACACUUGCGAAAUAUCGCGCGAGUACAGGGACCGCUCAACAAGCUAGCCAGCCCUAAAGUACCAUGGAAUUGGACCGCGGAACAUGAAAAAUCUUUCAUGGAGGUUAAAGAAUCUUUAAGAAAUGCUUUAACUCUUGUUGCCCCGCGUCCUGGGCUACCUUAUCUUCUCUAUACGGAUGCGAGUGAUACCGGUAUCGGUGCAAUCUUGACUCAAAAAGAUGGAGACCGCGAGUAUCUUAUUACCUGCCUAAGCAGACCUUUAAGAGGUGCGGAAUUAAAUUACACCACCACCGAAAAGGAAUGCUUGGCAGUUAUUUUUGCAAUCAGAAAGCUCCGUUGCUACCUUGAAGCCACUGAGUUCACGGUAAUAACGGACCAUUCAAGUUUGAUCUGGUUGCAAGGUGUUAAGGACCCUCGAGGUAGGCUUGCAAGAUGGGCCUUAGAGCUAUCUGCAAACCAAGUCAAGAUUGAACACCGCAAAGGUACUUUAAACGAAGCUCCAGAUACGCUCUCUCGUUUAUACGAAGAUGUACCUGAUGAAGCGCCCCUAUUACGUUCGAAUCACAUUCAUAACCUAUCAUGGUAUGAAAACAUGGUAAAACGCGUACGCGGUAACCCAACACAGUUCGAACGAUAUCGGCUCGAUUCCGAGGAUAAAUUGUAUUAUUUUAAGCCUAAUCAUAUUAAAGAAUGUAUCGGCGAUAAUAACGCCUGGAAAAAGGUGUUAAAAGAAGACGAGAUUAUCCCUAUAAUAAAAGAAUAUCACGACUCACCACAAUCGGCUCACCAAGGUAUUAAUAAAACCUAUCACGCAAUACUUAACCUAUAUUAUUGGCCUGGUAUGCGUGAAGAUGUAAAACGUUAUAUUAACGAGUGUGAAACUUGUCUCAAAUGCAAACCCAAGAAUACUCCUCCACAAGGUCUAAUGUAUCCACGGAAACUGAAAGAACCUUGGGAAAACGUAUCUCUAGACAUCGUAGGCCCUCUUCCGCGGUCAAAAUCCGGUAAGCGAUAUAUAUUAGUCUGUGAAGACACUUAUACUCGGUUCAUAGAUUGCUUCCCCUUAUCUAAAGCUGAUGGACCAAAAAUUGUCAGAGCUCUUAACACCCUCGUAAAUCGAUGGGGAACCCCGAGAAUCUUCAUUACCGACAAUGGAACGGAAUUCGUCAACCGUAACAUCACGAAUUUUAUGUAUAGAGUCGGUUCCGAACAACGUACCACACCGGUAUAUCACCCACAAGCGAACCCAGUAGAACGCGUAAACCGCAAUCUGAAAAUGAUGAUCGCCAGUCUACUAGGUACCGAUCACCGCGAAUGGGACGUACUCUUAGAAGAAAUCCAGUUUGCAUACAACAACACUACACACUCUUCCUUAGGUGUAUCACCCGCGUAUUUUAACCACCUGCGUGAGUUGAGACGCACUGGUAAACAAUCACCUGACGUCACUGACAACGCUACGAUUACCGACGAAACCUCGAAUGUUUGGCUUGAACGAGCAAAACACAUAGACGCACUUCGUACAAAAAUAGAGUUGGAAAUGACCAAAGCUGAUAAGAGACACCGCAAGGUUUAUAAUAAAAAUCGAAAAACCCCGGUAGACUUCGAACUUGGAGAUUUCGUAUUCUACCCUAAUAACGUUUUAUCUAAUGCUGCGCGUAAUUUUAGCUCUAAACUGGCACCCCGUUACAGAGGACCAGCCAAAGUAAUAGAAAAGUUGUCACCCUUGGUAGUCGUCAUUGGCGAUUUGCAAGGCAUAAAAAUUGGCAAAUACCAUGUCAAUGAUCUUAAGCCGGCACGUAAAACUCUUCGGUCGCGAAACAUUCUGUAA